AAUACGGUUCGGAUGUUCCUUAACAAGAGACAAGAGCUUCUUCUCUGGGUUAAGCGAGCUUGAACUGUGCGGUGUGUCAUGGAGGUGGAAGGGGGACUAAAAAGACGCUCGUAUCAUACCACAAACCGGAGGAUUUAGUGGCUGUUCCCGUGACAGGUGACAGUCUAAGGGUGUCAACUUCAGCUGGGAAAAACAACAGAGCGUGCGGACGCAUCGCAGAAGGGGGCACAGCGGUGGUGAGCUCUCGGCAGCACCUUCUGUCGGCGGGGAGUUGUACGUCACGAAAUCCGUUUCUCGUUCUCAGGUGGCCUGAUCGGGAUUGCCUCAUCCUUGUGUUGCCAUGGCGAUGCGGGAGCUGGUGGAGGCAGAAUGCGGCGGGGCCAAUCCGCUGAUGAAGUUGACCGGUCACAUGACCAAGGACGGCGGCGCAUGGCGACACCGCGCCACACCAACGAUUCCCCCAACUCCCAUCGAAAUCGCAACGGAAGAUGAGCUGGUCAACGAAUUCCUUCAGGCGCCCCCACGUCCCCCGCACACCUUCGACAUGGGUCAGCUGCUGGAGGAGAUGCAGCAGAUCGACCAGCAGAGCUACAGACAGGCUCCGCAGAGAGCUCCAGAUGUGGCGGCGUUGGCUCUCUCAGGCGACUGGGCGGCGGAGUUUGUCUCGGGCUCGGAAUCGACAUCGACGUCGGGCCUUGUCGCACUCGGUGACGCCGCGGACGCCGACUGGACCAAAGAAUUCAUCGCUCAGGCUGCGGAUCCUGGACGCUGGGCAGAGGAGUAUCUGGAACAGUCGGAGGAGAAGCUGUGGCUGGGAGACUUUGGAGACAAGGAGAACGAGUGGACAAAGGAAUACCAGCCGGAAGACGAGUUGAGACAAACGGCCAACGAGCUGGUCUCCAAGGUUCACGACCCCAAGCUACAAAACACGGAGUUCCUGCGGUUCGUUAGGCAAAUUGGCGAGGGCAGUGUGACAGUGGAGAGCAUGACAGACAAACAGCUGACAGAUAAAGCUCAGGCCGAGGAGGCUCACAACUGGGCUUCCAACCUCAAGCAGUUCCUGAUGGAAACUGGGGGAGGGAGUCUUCCCUUGGAAUCCACAGAGAGGAAUGAGAAGAUUGACAAAGCUAAAGCUAAGCAGGCACAGCACUGGGCCAAGGUCGUCAGGCAGGUGUCGCAGGAGUCCGCCGAAGCCUGGGUGGACGAGUUCACCGCAGCGGGACCGGAUUUCCACCAAGCCAAAGCCGCGGUGGAGCGCCAUGUGCGCCUCCUCGGCCUCUCUGUAAAAUUUGACUGUCCUUACACACUCCCCGACGCGGAGAGUCACCCCUGGCUUUCGGACUUUGAUCAGCUACUCAGCUCGUCUUACGAUAAGGGGUACCAGUUUGAAGAGGACAACCCUUACCUGUCCCACCAGGACCCUCUGACGGAAGGCCUGAAGAGGAUGGAAGCGGGGGAUAUCCCCGGGGCCGUUCGCUUCUUUGAGAGUGCAGUACAGAAAGAACCAGACAACCAACUGGCUUGGCAAUAUCUGGGAACUUGUCAAGCAGAGAACGAGCAAGAAUUUGCUGCCAUCAGCGCCCUCCGCAGAUGUGUGGAGCUGAAGAACGACAACCUGACCGCUCUGAUGGCGCUGGCCGUCAGCUUCACCAACGAGUCGCUGCACCGGCAGGCCUGCGAGACGCUUCGCGACUGGCUCAAGCACAACCCCAAAUACGGCGGCGUGUGGGAGCAGCACGAGCGGGAGCGCCAGCAGGAUGCGUCGCGACAAAGGGAAAAGGAGAAGGAGCGCUUUGGCUCGCUGCUGCCAGAGUCCUUAUUUACAGAUGUGCAGAGUUUGUUCCUGCGUGCAGCUAACACGGAUCCUGCGCAGGUGGACCCUCAGCUGCAGUGCGGUCUGGGCGUCCUCUUCAACCUCAGCGGUGAGUACGACAAAGCGGUGGACUGCUUCACUGCGGCGCUCUCUGUCACACCACAGGACUACUUACUGUGGAACAAGCUGGGGGCCACGCUGGCCAACGGUAGCCGCUCAGAGGAGGCCGUGGCCGCCUACAGGAGAGCCCUGGAAUUGCAGCCAGGCUUCGUCCGCAGCCGCUACAACCUCGGAAUCAGUUGUGUCAACUUAGGCGCGCACAGGGAGGCGGUGGAGCACUUCCUGGAAGCCCUUUCCCUUCAGCGCCAGGCCGGCGGCGGCGCGGAGGCACGAGCCAUGCGGGGCCCCGGCAGCACUGCGGCCACCGUCAUGUCGGACAACAUCUGGUCCACGCUGCGCAUGGCUCUCAGCAUGAUGGGCGAGAGCUCGCUCUACUCGGCCGCUGACCGCCGCGACCUGGACGCGUUGCUGGCCCACUUCUGCCAGAGGGAGGUGGAGGGCGGGCCCCAAUGAUGUUUCGGCACGGGGGGGCUUAUUUUGUGCGAAUGCUCCCCGCGAGGAGGAACAUGUUUGGGACUGAAAGGGACAACAAGACGGAACUGAGGAGGAAGACACUCUGACUGGUCCUCUAAUCAUCAACCGGUGCCCUUUUGGUACAAAUGGAGUUUUCGUCUCAGCCAACCGGAAUGCAUUUUGUUUAUUUUGCAAAUUCCACAGUCCUGCUGGUUCCUUUUACAAUGCUUUGACAGUUUUGUAAUCACACCAUCGCUGUUUUUUGCCCUGCUUCAAAAAGAAGUUGUUAUGUAUGUCGAGCUGUAAACUCCAGCGUGGUUAUUAUGUACAGUAGAUUGAUGGACGAGACAGCGUGGGUACCCGAUUUUAAGUUGCACCACUUUUUGUCACAAGAACUUGCAGAAUGGAAUGGUUAAAUCAAUUAUUUGUUUUUUAGUUUUUUUUGGAUAGAUAUUUAAUUACCCCCCAUCUACAAGCCAGGCCGCUGAACUGAACACCUGUAAAACUUUACAUCAUACAUCUUUUUGUGUGUGUGUGUGUGUGUGUGUGUGUGUGUGUGUGUGUGUGUGGGGACCAGCUAGCGACAGGCUGAAUGAUAAGAUCAUAUUUGUGCAAUAUGAUUGGUUCCCCGUGGGCUCCUCCCUUCAUUCAAAUCUCGUCAAACACUUGCCCCACUGUAAAUUGCGAGGACCCCAUAACACGUAUUAUCGUAACGGAAUUGUUUUCAGGCAACUGCCGGCUUGGCUGCAGAGUUUCGUAUAAUCAUCAGCAAUAAAGCUUUGAUUCAAAGUG